AUGGCAAUGGAAGAGUGCCGCACUGAAGCGAGUGUUGGCGUAGAAUACUCCGAAAGCAUACACGGUUCAUCCGAAGACGAAAACACGAAUUCCGCAUCCUUCAAGACGCCCGCACAAGCCGAAGGUUGCUCGCCGUCUCAGAGGAGAAAACGAAAGCGAAUUUCACCGCAUUCGACGCCUAAAGUUGCAGACGGUAAGGUUCAAAACGCUACUGCUAAGAACAAAAGCAUGCAAACUUUAUUACACAUGUACAUUAGCGUUUUAACAAAAGCUACAUUUGCCUUCGAUACGCGACGAGGAAAAACUUGCGUUGUUGCAGUUUAAUAUUUGUUUAUGUAUGUGGUAAUGUAUGUAUCAGACCAGUGUUCAAAUAAACUUUCGAAUACAGCGAAGGUCUAAUAAUAAUAUUACCAGAUCACCUUUUUACUUCGGUCAAAUUGUAAAUAGUUGACUGUUCAGAGUAAACUGUUUGAAUAGCCCCUUUGCAAUGUACAAAUAUCUUGCCCUUUUUGGUGGUAGGUUUAGAUACUAUUUUCCCCAUUUAAUAGUUCUCUCAGUUUCAUUACAUAUGCAUCCGCAAAUUGGAACUUAAUAGACCCUAAUACGGUUGGGUGUGGAAGAUGCAGGGGGAGAGUCUAGCCUGUUGACUGAUUGGGCAGAAUUGUCAGACAUGUGGCCUGUCUCAAAUACUGAGUGACAGUCAGCAAUAUUGAUGAUGAUGAUGAUGAUGAUAGUGAUGAUUCUUGGGGCAGGGGAAAGCCCGGAAAGGCAGAAGGAGCCUUCAUCACCCGUCUUAUCCUGUGAUAACAACUAGUUGUGGCAGAGCUAUGAUCACUCCUGUUUUUGCAUUCCAUGCAAUCUAAUUAUUCACCGUGGUAACAGAAAAUGUGCAAGAUUUAUCAAAAAGCUGAAAGUGUGGUCAUUAUACUUUAAAGGUAGCAAGAUAUAGAAAAGGACUGGCUCAAAGAACACAAAUCAGUGUCAAUAUUCCAUCCCAUGGGCUUUAUGUUAUAGAGGCAUGUGUUGUCUCAGAAGAAGUUGGCCAAUGGUAGCAUGUAUUGAAACCAGGAUGUAAACUUUCAGUGUCCAGACCAGCCGGGCGUCGAGCACAAUGACUCAGAAAACUAAAUCUUAACUUUAUUGUGAAUUAAUGCAUGUUCUGAUUUUUUUUAACAGGAUUUGGAGAUAGCAAAGCAGGGGAACUUCUGGAAAAUAUCCCUGAACUGCAAGACAUGUUCACAAUAGUGUCCAAAGUUGGAGAAGGUAAGCUUAUGGGGAUACUGUAUUUAAUUUACUAACACUACCACCAUUUAUUGUACUCCUACCCUGCAAGCAGGGCCUCCUUUUAUUAUCUUGGCUGAGUAGGAGAAAAGAAGGCUUUUCCUGAAUCACAGGCUGUUCCUUCUUGAAUCAAUCUUGUUCCCUAAAAACUGCCCCCGCCUAAGACAUCCACCUUUAUUACGGCCAAUUUUUUCAAACCAAAGUAAAAACAUUGAUUUUUAUUAUUUUGAAUCUUGUUCCCAGGAUUUUAUCAUGGUCGUAAACUUCCAGUUGUUUAAGUGUAGUAUCCAUUUAUUGAUAAACCAACAGUCACCAGGGUUUGCAUGCACCUUGAAAGUCCUUGAAAAUUACAGUUGGUGCUGGCAAGUCCUAAAAUUUCAGUGCUAACUUUAUCCAACCUAGCAAACACAGAAAGACCUUCAGGAUAAUGUUGGUCAUAAUCAUUGUGAAAGAGGUAAAAAGAACAUAGACUCAAGGCUUCUUUUUAGCACUGAAUGGAGUCAUUGAAAAAUGGGAAAUGUGUCCUUGAAAGUCCUUGAAAAGUCCUUGAAUUUUUUGUUCAGAAAAGGGUAUGAACCCUGAGUCAUGCUCUACCAAAGCCCAGGGCUGCUAUGCGUGGGUUUCAAACUGUAUCCCAUCAUUAAGCAGCACAUGCUCUACAAAGAUUGUAUUGAUUCACGCACAGUCUUUUUUAUGUAUGCUUAAAUUGAUCAAGGGAAAGAAAGAUUCCCUAGCAUGGUGCGCUUCUACAUUUCAAAACUGGCAUUGCUCAUGGCUGUUUUGCUUCUAUGGAUGCAAAUGUUUAGCUAUAUUUUGUCUUUGCCUUAUGUGAAGUGCUGUCCCACCCUACCACCUAAUGGUUUGUAUCUGUUACAGUAGGUCUCUUUAGGUAAAACAUGCAUCUCGAUUGAGUAUCCUCAGUAUGACUGGUCCCGUAUAAGUGGGGUUAUCUACUACCCAUGUUAUGUUAGGCUGCUAUUGGUUACCUCCGCAUCUGGGUCUGCUGAUUUUGCUAGGCUUUACCUGUGUUGCUCAUUGCUAGUACCUACCAUGCUUGUCUCCUUUGCAUAUUGGACUAUAUUGGAAAUUUAUACUGUGAAUUAUAUUAAUUACAUCAACAAUCAAUAUUAAUAAUAUUAAAUAAUAUUAGAAGCAAAUGCCUCUAGUAAUCACUCUCUGGUUCAUUUGCAGGUACUUUUAGUAAUGUUUACCUGGCUAGAAUGAAUACAUUACCAGAUGUUCUGUGUGCUUUAAAGCACAUUAUUCCAACUAGUGGUCCUGCAAGAGUUCAAAAUGAAUUGAAAUGUCUUCAAGAUAUUGGGUAAUGUAUAUUAUUUUUGUGCUCAGUAUAUGACCAUAAAGGUGGGUGAAAUGCAUAUGAUAAUGUGAUGGCAAUGGUGGUUACACUGUAGGUAAAUUCGGGGCUGUCAAAAAAGUUUUUAAAUACCAGGCUGAUAUUAUGAAUAGUGGACGGCUUUAGAACUCACACCAAAGACACAAGUUCUUGAGGGAUGAGGCAUCUAGGGACAUUUAGAAAUUUAGAGACUCGGAAAUCAUUGGCAUUUCCAGGGGUUUUCAAGAGGUGUUUUCCACUGCAGACAUCAUGUUGUUUCAUCAGAAUACAUGCAGGACUAGGAACAAUGCUGUUAAAAUGUCCCAGGCAUUGCUUGACAUCGCACAGUAUGAACGUUUCACAGAUGUAAACCUUUAAAUAUGCGUUCAAUCUCAUUCAAAACUGGUAAACGGAUGCUUUACAAUUUUGAUUUUACUCGAUGGUGCUUAUUUUUUGUUAGCAGUUAUGGUAGAAAGUGAUGAAAGUAGCUGGCAGUUUUGUCAGCUACCAGCCCUUAUAUUGACAGUCCUGGGUAAAAUCAAUCUCAAGUUAAAUCACUAUUUAACCUAGUUUGAUUCAGAAUUUCUGUUGUGAACUCCUUAUCCUAAUUUAUUCAAAGGAGACAAAGGAAACUCUUGUUAAACCUCAGAACAGAAUCCGAUUUUAACUAAAACAGAUAUAUCAGUUUAACAGUUCAAGGCUCUUCCUCAGUGUACUCUGAAAGGCUUAAUCUAAAUUGGUUUUCUCCACCCCAGUGCUGCAAAGAAAACUUGCACAAACUGUCAGAUAUCUAAACAAAAUAUUACUGAUGGGUCACCUUGUGAUGUUGCUUCAGCCCAGAGCCGAAAAGAUUGAAGCCUAGCCUUGAAAUAAGGGGCACCAAACAAUGAUUUCCCCCUAAGUAUGUUGAAAACACUUUUUAGGCUAUCCAGAGUAGUUUUAGAACUCUAGAAAUACAUUCUAAGCACUACAAAAUUUAUAUCUGUUCGGUUAUCCUAGGGGACUUUAAGUCUUUUUGAAAUAACAAGGGCUUCAGCAGGGUUGUCAAAAGUAGCCAGCUACCGGCGAAAAUCGCCACCUUGCUUAGUAUCAGCUGGCUACUCUGCUUAGCAUUUCUUUACGGGUGACAUUUUUAAAAUAAAAUAUCCCUGGACUGGCUGCUUACUUUGACAACUCAGCCGUCUACUUCAAAACUUUCUGACAACCCUGCUUCAGAAUAAUUUUCCCAAAAAUUUUAGAUGCAAUUUAUCCUUUUACGAAACUGAGAAUUUUUCUGAUUCCUCUCUCAAUCACAUUUUUGAAUCCAAAAAUUUUAGGUUUCCUUUUUCUAUGAAAAACAGCAUUACUUGGGGAGUGAAAUGUGAAAUAUUAAGCUUCAGAAAAUCGUAGGGAAUUUGUUACAUAUGUCUCAAAAAAGAAUGUGCAUGAAUCAAACAGUCAUCUAGAACAGGGUUCGCACAGUCUUGAAAAGUCCUUGAAUUUUAAGGGGAGUCCUUGAAAAGUCCUUGAAUUCCAUUUUUCCUUGAAAAGUUCUUAAAUUUCUGUGCAAGUCCUUGAAAAGAGCUUGAAUUUUCUUCAACUUUGAAUGCAGUAGCCUGGAAAGAAUUUUUUGAUGCUUUUUGGUUGUCCAGGACAGAAUAUAAUUCGUAGCUCAGUGAAUGUAAAGGUCAUUUACAUAAAGUGCUCCAUGUUUUAGAGAUAAUUAACUAUCAGUUUAAGACAAGUGAACUGAAAAAUGUAGAGAAUUUGGUGAAGCAAACAGUUAAAGCCUUAAAGUCUUAAAGUCUUAUUAGAAUAUACUGGGAAUAUGCAUUUUUGUACAAAUCUGUGAAAUUAUAUUCCUAGUAGGUUGUCCUUGAAAAUCUAAUGUGGUCCUUGAAAAGUCCUUGAAAAAUGGUUGCAAUUGUUUGUAUGAACCCUGUAGAAAUUUGUGGCCUCAAGCAAUAGAAAAUUUGAGGCAGUAUUUGCUUCUCCAAACAGAAAACAGUCGUUGGGUGCCCCUGUUGAAAUAUCAAGUGUUGCAGUGAUCUUUCUAUGAGGAACAUUUGUUUCAAGGGUAACAAGCACCUGGUAGCUGAGAGGACAUUUUCUCUGGAUAUCAGAGACACCACGCAAGUCAUUACAUGUACUUCCAUUGCCUGUGGUAUUUUACAUGUAGAAAGUUAUAAUUCUGAUUCAUUAUUUUGUUAUUUUUAGGGGCACUGACAAUGUUAUUGGAGUUGAAUCAACUCUUAGAUGCAAUGAUAGUAUGGUAUUUGUGUUGCCUUAUUUUCCCCAUCAAAAAUUUCAGGUAAUUGUAAUAAUUGACCUGAGUUGUUGGAAGUGAUUAGUGUCAGCCAAAACAUAAUAAAUUUUCACCUGCUUCCACUGAAGUUUUAUGAGAUUACAUUCAUUAUCCCCUAUUAAUUCCCAUAUGUCACCAUUCAAAUUUCUCGUCCCAUUUUAUGGUUACCCAGUAAUCUUGUUAUGUACAUCACAUCAUUGUUUUUCAAUAAUGAUGGCAAAAUGGAUAAGACGUUCAACUCUGGCAUCAGUAAAACCACUCUUUAUUGAAGUUUGCCUCUCUAUAGUAUAGUGGUUAAAGAAAUAUUAAUUUUAUUACUUGCUUUGUCAGGAAUACUUCUUGGAAAUGAGUGUCUGUGAAAUCAAAGAAUACAUGAAGAACCUUUUUAUUGCCUUAAAAAGAGUACAUUCGUUCAAUGUAAUCCACAGAGAUGUAAAACCAAGCAAUUUUUUGUACUCCAGAGAAACAGGAAGGUGAGCUUCUCACAUGUACAUGGAUGACUUCUGUGGUUCCAUAGUUAUUGUUAUAUUCCUAGACUUUCACUCAACUAAACAGGGACUGCCAUUGGUUGAUUCUUGGUCACGUGGCCUUGACUAAAAUCAAAUGUUUCGCGAUCGUGAUACAUUAAGGUAUCAGCCACCCUUCAGGACCGUCCGCGCGCGGAGCGCUGUAGCGUUAGUUGUUUUCAUAAAAACCCCUAUAAACCGUAUAUUUUUUAAAAGCUUAAUAAUUCCAGAUUAUGGAUUUGAACUAACAAAAACGAUUUACUUAAAUGUGUUUCGAAAUUGGAACGCUUUGUGUAAAAGUACACGUCUCUAUAAAUCAUGUUCCACUCCCGCCGGAAAUAAACGGAAGAAAACAAUUAACAACGCAUUCGCUUCUCAACACGUUCCACUAAAAAACCGUGUCUCCGAUUUUUGACAAGUGCGUUUGUUUUUCUUUUAUUAGCAACUGAAGUUGGGGAAGGCAAUUAGUCAACACUCCCUGUGGAAAAAAAGCUCUAGCUUUAAAAUGAAAAGGUGUAUUAAAAUUCGCAGACACGGUUUUGUAGAAGAGAUAUAUGGCAUCACUCUGGCCAAAUUUUAGCCAAAUUGAUUGAAAGGCUGCCGACUUGGAGUUUAAAACGUACGAGUCGAUCGGCAAAAUUUGCGUUCGGAGAUAAAAUAGAAAAUACAUUUUUGGCGGCAUCCUACCUGGAAUGAGAUUAUAACACCUAAAUGUUUACUCUGAUUGAUAUCAGAGAGGGAUCAAUUUUCUCUAACAGUAGGACUUUGACAGGUAACUUGUAACAAGAACAAACUUUUUAUUGCUAUCAACAUCUUCAAGUGAACAGUUUAAUUCUCCGUUGGAAAACUUCCACUCUUUUACACCACGAGAAGCACAGUUUAAUUCUUUCUCGAGCAAAAGUUUUGCCUCUCCUUCGAUCUUUUUUGUAUGAUUCGCCGAGGCGUUUUUGUUGACGGCGCCAGGCCAAGGAAACUAAAAAACUUUGAAGGCGCCGAAUGUCCACCACCGAUUGCUCGAAGGCCAAGAACUGAGGCCCGGUAUAUUUCAAACGCUCUGCUCUUCUCGGAAGAAUUAAAAACAGAAUUUUUCUUGUGCGACGGACAGCUUUCAUUCUCCCACUGGAUUCUCCAGGUAGAACCAAGUCCAUGCUUAGUCGCUACAUUUUCCAUGACUUGGACUCUUACCUGGCAAAAUCGACAAGAUACAGACUCGUCCAGUUUCUCAAGCAGCUUUUCGCUCGAUACGAUAGCUCGACCGCUUAUUGUUUUCCACGUUCCAUCAGCAGAUGGGGUCGAUUAGCUUAAUUGGCUUUCUUCAUCUGGCUCUUCAAGCUGGAUUUUGGAGCGGCUUGCACUCUCAGCAACUGCAGCAACUUCUCUUGCUGAUAAAAUGAGCCUUUGUCGCUCUCUGCCAAUUUUGCGGACCACUCUUUGUCAAACUCGCUCUUCGAUUUCGGACACGAGCUUUUCUUUUUUUUUUUUUGGCAGCAUUUUCACCGAAGCAAACGGUAAAUAUCCACGAAGAAUACUAAAGGCUAUAAACAACGCGAAGACAAUUCGCACGUGUUGUGUCGAGGCACGCACUCUGUAUCACGUUACUAGUUCACAGGCAAGUUAAUUGAUAUAUGACACGGGUAUGACAGAUCUUGUCAACGAUCAAUUAAGAUGGUUAACGAGCAAAAAUCUUUUAACCCAGAUAUCUUUCGACAGAAAUAAUAUUUUCUUCUGAUUUUUUUUUUAAAAGAAAGCUCUCAAGCAUACCUAUUUGAAAACGUUGAAAUCUCAAAUAUGGAAAAAUGGCAAUUUUAAGGGUGGCUGAUACCUUAAGCAAUGUACCCCGCUCGGGCUACAUUACAGCACAUGAUCAAAGCAUGGUUGAAAGUGGUGUGACAGAAGGCAGGAAAAACACUGCCAGUUUUCUUUUUUGUGAAUGAACACAACAACUUGAACACAAACACGAAGCCUCGAGCUAAAAAGCAAUGAUUUUUAAAGUCAUCCCAGAAGAGAAACAGCAGCUAGUGGAGGAAAAAGAUGCAGAUAAUAUAAGGAAAGUACUUUAUAAAUCAUUCAUUCAGUGGUUUUAAGAAUUAAAUUUGUGUUGUCAGGGUGCAAAGAAAGUCAGUUUUACAGCCUGCCAUUCGGGCAAGCUGUAGAUAGCAUGUACUAGCCCACAAGUCAUUUCAACUAGCCCCAAAACCCUUUUUGAAAUUUGGCAGGAUUGAUAACAAUCCUUCUGUAAUUUGAAUUUCCCGUCAGGCAAGUUAAGAACAAAAAGCACUAGCCCGAUAGCAAAAUCCACUAGCCCCGGGCUAUCGGACACGACUUUCUUUGCACGCUGGUUGUUAUAAGUACCUAGUCGACUGUUUUGGUUCGCUCUGGUUGUUCUUUUGUUGCUGUUGAAGUGAAAGGCUAGAAAUAUAACAAAACACUUAAUGUCAGGUCCCUCGGGAAACCAGUUAGUUUUGUUUUCCCUCGAGUCCUGAUGUUUCCGAGACAAAGUGGAGGAAAACAUCAAGACUCUCUGGAAAACAAAACUGUUUCCCUCGGGUUUGUAUCAUACUGUUCGUCUUCAAAUCAGGCUGCAGAGGUUAAAGUAAGAUGUAGCAUCAGAGAAAUCAUUAGUUGUCAUGAAGUAGAGUUUAUUAUUGGAGCUCAUGACUGACUGCCCUUUUCCAGACAACAAUGAGAUUUCUCAUUCUUUCCUUGAUAGACUGCAAAACAGUCCGUAUUUUUGCGUAUUCAAGUAUGCGCGAGCAGUCAAACAAAAGGUCUCAAACAAGGCUGAAAACAGAGAGAGAGACUGGGGAGAGACGGUUUUUUCUCCCUUGCCUCACACACCCUACGGGCCUGUGAGGCUCGCGCGCUUCGCGCGCGUAAGACUCUUAAGCCACACUUUACCGAUUUCUUUACUGAUUUUGAGAAAAAAACCAACUGUUUUGCAGUCUAUUUCCUUGACUGAUUAAUUGAUUGAUUUUAAUUUGAUUUAGAUACCGACUUGUAGAUUUUGGUCUUGCCAUGAAAGUCCCUGGCAGCAACAAUUCUCUUCUUGGUGAGUUUAUAGUCAUUCAUCGCAUUUAUGUAGAUAUAAAAGGGCUUGCAUUGCUCACUGAAUUCCAAAAUGCUUUCCAUCACUCAUCACCCUGGUGAUCCUUGAUUAGCAUAUUGCUUGUUUGCCUGGUACACCUGAAGAAAACAAAAUAUAAAAAGCAUUCCCAGAUGGGGGUACUUCCAGUAAAAAAUCACUAUACUGAGCUAGACAUUGUUAAUACAUGCACCCUGCCCCCUCGCCACCACCACCACCGAAGAAAAAGAAAAACAAAAGUUUUUGUCCCAGACAUCAACACAUGUCAAACUCCUUGAUAUCCAUAAUCACAUUUUGCUAAGAGGGUGUUACAAGUCAAUUGCAAACAUCAUCUUGAAACAUUUUGUACAAAAAUAAAUGGUAGUGAAAGUCCUGAUAAAGAUAAAGCCUCUUUCUGCUCAUUGUACUAUAAUAAGUAUUAUUAAUUCUACUUUAUGAGGAAAUGAAGAGCUAAUAUAAGAAAGAGCUAAGAGCAAAAACAACACGGGGGAGACACACAGAUAAAAGUUAGACUUGGUUUAUCCAAUUUAUGUUGUUUUUGUCAGAGUGGGCAGAAAAUACGCGUAGCUUUUAUUAGUAACUUUUAACAGUACUAUUGCAACAGAUCCAUGAAAUGCACCUCCGUGAUUUUCUUUAAUAGACAAUGCUACAGUGCAAGUGAUUAAUACAACUUGUAUUUGAACUUUUACAUGUAUUUCAGAUUCUCCUAAGGAACUGAAGAAACAAAAAAGGACCCUACAAUCUCCUAAAACUACUUCCCAACCUAGACGUCGAAGCUCACGCUUGUCUCCUCAAAAUGAAAAUAAAGACCAGACAGGAGGCAAAGUUGAUGAGGAACGCAUCCUCAAGCCGCGUUGUGUAAACUCAGCUAAUUGGCAAUUCACACACCAAUCCAAGGACUUUAAAGUCCCUUCAAAGACUGCAACAUCAAAGUUAAGGCGCACCUCUGAUGAGAAGACAAACUCUAAAGAUACAUUUAAACAGGCCCAGGUAUUGUGCCCUCUGAGACAUGGUCCUAAAGAUGUGUGCACCAUCUGUAUGGCAAGGUAGGCUGUGAUAACCUUGUCUCUCUUAAGCAAACUCACAUUAGAGAUCGAGCUUUAGAUUAGAGGACGAGAACGACUACGAGUACGAGAUUUGACUAAAAACAAUAGAUACCUGCGAAAGCUUCAUCCUACUUUUAAUUCACCAAAAGAGUGAGCACUGUUAUCUUUAUUAAAGGAGGUCAAGCCUGCUCCCAAUCACAAAAUGAUAAAACUUGUAACAUUUUGUUAACUCAUUGUUGCUCAUUGUUGCGCCAUGCUGGCUCAGGCAGCUGCAAAAGCAAUACUCAAUAUUGAGAGAAUCUUGUUCUCGUAGUCAUUCUCAUUCUCAUCUUUUUGUAUAAUUCUGCCUAAAUGACAGGUUUGUGCUCCAAUGUGGAGGCAGGUGGAUCAAAGUUUGUGCACCAACUUGUAUGCUGGGCACCCUGAACCUUUAUUAUAGGUUCAACGCUCUACACAGCGAGCGGCGCUUGAACAAUCUUAUAAACUCUGGACAAAACACUUUGUUUAAAAACACACAAUAUUGAGAAAAUCUUGUUCAUGUAGUCAUUCUCGUCUUGGAAUCUAAAGGUCUCUACUGUCAGUUUUUGUAUCAUUCUGCCUAAAUGACGGGUUUGUGCUCUAAUUAUUUGAUGUCAUGUACAUAAUUGAUAUUUUGUUUCUUAAUUUUAUCCAGGGGCCAUCAGAAUACUCCACGAGCAGGCACACCUGGAUUUCGGUCCCCAGAGGUCCUUCUCAAGUACCCUCAGCAGUCUCCUGCUGUGGACAUGUGGUCAGCAGGUGUCAUCUUUCUCUCUAUACUCAGUGGGAGGUACCCAUUCUUUAAAGCUUAUGAUGACCUGACAAGCUUGGCUCAAAUCAUGACUCUGUGUGGAACUGGUGAGGCAGCUAAAGCAGCUUUCAAGUUAGGUAAGCUUCAUAAAUCUUACCCUUUUACGAGGCUGAGUUCUAGAAACAAAAUUGUAGAAAACCCAAAAGAUUGGAACUCUCAAAAUCCAGCAGGUGCUUUGUGGUGAAAGUAACUGGCCAAGGGUCACUGGAGGUGCUAGAAAACUGCCCUGUUCUUUCUUUUACCAUCGAGAACGUACAAGUUUAAAAUACACAAUUAUGAAUUAACUUUUUUCUUAACAUAAUUUUAGCUUUAUUUCGAAAGGUAAAUCGAUUCAACUGGAAAAGAACGCACUUGUCGGUCUAUAAGACAGGUGCAAAUUAAAAUUAUUAAAACCCUUAAACUAAAAUCAGGGUUAAAAAACAAUCGUCUGUUAGGCACUCUUCCGCCUCCAGUAACGCGUAUGAAAUCGACUGAUCCGUUCACUGAUUUAAGGUUUUAACUCUAUGAAUGAAUGGAAACAUCCUUAAUAAAUAGUUGUACGGGAAUGGUUUUCGUCGGUAUGAUAAGAUUUUCUCGGUGUCUCCGCAUACAAAGCAAGGAAAGCGUUUCAUGUAUUUAUAAACGGCAGAUUGACAGUUUUUACCCAAACUGUUUACGCAACCAAAUCCAAUAAACGUCAAAUCCAACCCUUUUGAAAAAGAUAUAGGGCGUGGACGAGAUGACUUUUGGGCCUCUUUCCCAGUUACCUUAAUGUCGUAUGAAAUGAUAAAAUAUAUAAAUUUUAUAAAAUUAUAUUGGAACCGCUAUUUGAAGAAAUAAAUGCAAAGGAGAUCAUCGCAGUUAAAGACGCAACUUAUGCAGUUGCGAAAAGAAAACCUGGAAAAAAAUUCAGGCUUGCUGGGAUUCGAACCCUGACCUCUGCAAUACAGGUGCAGCACUGUUACGUGGUGUAUCGAUACUUUCCAUGAGCUCCAGGUAAAGUUUGUUUUAUUUCGUCUUUGUUCGCAUACUGCACAUGUGUUGUGGCAAUCUUCUAAUAGUUUACUUGACCUUACCUUUCACAGGCAAGGACCUCAAUUUUAACUCAGAUUGCCCAUCUGGAAAUCUUAAAAUACUUUGCACAAAGCUAAGGAGAGGGGCUAGCAAAACGCCCACCGUGAAAUGUUGCGUGCGGCAGCCAACUUGCGGCGACAGAGAGCAGGCUGACGUCCCAUCAAAAAGAUUUAAGCGUAAAACAAGAUCGCCACGUGGAUCCCACACUGAAAUACCUAUCGUUUCAAGUUCUUGGCAUCAACGAUGCACGAUGUGUCAGAAACGAAACCCUCUGUGCUGUGUAUCAAUUCCAACUGAGGCGGAACUAUCUGAGGAAACUCGACAACAUACGAAUGCAUCUCGUGAACAAUCGGACAAUGCGAGGUGCAUUCAUCUCGACGGCAGCAAUUGCGCCUGCUCCUGUUGUACUUGCUGUUGGGCAAUUGAGGAUUCAGCUUAUGAACUACUAGAACGAUGCCUAGACUUGAAUCCACACACCCGAAUUACUGCUGCCGAGGCAUUGGAACAUGCGUUUUUCAAGAAUGCGCUUUGA